GAAGAGGAACUAUUUUCGAAUAGAUGCUCCUCCCACAAUCUCGCAUCGUCACCAGAAGAGCUGGCAGAAGUCCCAACAACCAGAUCAAGUUCAAACCGGCUAUUUUAAUAUAACUUCCAAGAGGAGAAACGGGAGGAUCCGUAGAGAGUCGGUCUGAGAGAUGGGGGAAGCGGAGGGAUUGGUGAAACACGUUCUAUUAGCAAGGUUCAAAGAUGAAACGCCACAGGACGAGAUCGAUCAACUCAUCAAGGGUUAUGCCAACCUCGUCAAUCUCGUCGAACCCUUGAAGUCCUUCCACUGGGGCGGGGAUGUGAGCAUUGAAAGCCUGCAUCAAGGCUUCACUCAUGUUUUUGAGUCUACUUUCGAGAGUACAGAAGGUAUUGCUGAGUAUAUAGCUCAUCCUGCCCAUGUUGAAUUUUCAAACUUGUUCCUUCCCAAGUUGGAUAAAGUCCUUGUAAUCGACUACAAACCCACAACCGUUCAAAUCUGAAUCGAAAAGGCAAUUAAUUCUUGAUCCUGUUAUGCUGCCUUUUCAGUGGAGCUUUGUUAUGCAUAAGGGUGUAAAAUCAGGUCCAUUUCAUGGAUAGGUGAUAUUUGAAGAACUCACAUGCCAUGCGAAACUGAUGUUGAUGAACUCUUCUGUGCUGUAUUUUAGUUAUGCCAUGGUGAUUGAUAUUGUUUGAAAUAAAAUAUAAAUCUGUACUCUUUGCAGAUACCUGAACUUUGUUUUGAGCCCAAUCAUUUGUCUAUUGAGAAAAACCUGCAAAGGCUGAAUAUGUUUCACCAAUGUGAUUGAAUGCCCAUCCAGCUUUUGAGAUCGAGUCAUUGCCCACAAACAAUAUAUGGUUGACGAAGCUCAUGCUGCGUUAUUAAGAUUGAAGGAAUCACAAGUGUUUUAAGAAUCUUGGAUUGCGACA